GUUUUUCAGUCGGUUUCUAUGAGUUGUUUUAAGCACUUUUCGGUGUUUUUUAUGACCGGUUAAGCAAGAAGAAAAAAACAGUCUGCUGUGAACGAGACUAAAGACCCGCAAGAUCUGGUACAUCUCAUGGUAUCUGGGUGAAGGUCAAGCUCAGUAAAACAUGGAGGAUCACGAGCACGUGCAAAAAAUGCAGCAGCUUCUGUUGAAAAUCUGUACCAGCGACAAAUCUGCCCUGAUCGGUCCAGAGCGGUACUGCAAAAUCGUGGAUAUUCUUCAGGGUGUCAGAGCUCCAGACAACUCAUUCAAAUUCUGGAUGAAAAAGAAGGAUUUUCAGCUCAUCGAUAUCCCAAGCUCUAACGAAACAGACGUCCUGGUCGCCCCGGGAAAACUUGGACUUGUUGGGCCUGAUGUGGGCUACGUCAGGGUCCUGAAGUUUGACGACGUUUAUCCAGCAGUGUGGGACAUCCAUGUGAAUGAGCAGCAUCACGCUGGAUACAAAAAGUGUAUUGACGCCGUCAAUAAGCUCUACUACAGGAUUCCCAGAUCGUACAUCCAGCAGUUUAUACGAGCCUGCCCAACGUGCUGGCAGAACAAGAGAAAAGCAGACACGGGACCUUUAUUUGAAAUACCAGAGAAGCGUCUUCAAAAAAGUAUCCUUGAGAAGAUUAAAGUAAACACGAUUGACGUUCAUCAUGUUUCUACAGCUGGAUACACUCACGUUGGGAUUGUUGAAGAUCAAUAUUCGAAAUUCGUUGUCAUCUUUCCUUUGAAGUCGAACACACCUGCUGACCUUGCUGAGUACAUUAAUCACUACUACCUCGGGGUCUUUGGUCCUCCUAACGCUUUCGUCAGCGACAAUGGACAACAGUUUAUGGAUCAAGUGCUACACGAGCUGAUGCACACGUGGACUGGAAUUCCUUUGACUUUAGUGAAUGACACGCCACCAUUUGUGUCGCCCCAAGACGUUUCUGACAGAUGCAAUAUAAUUUUGGACACCAUCACCACUCUAAUAUCAGAUAGGGGAGGUGACUCUUGUUCCUGGCAUAAUUGGCUGCCAGACAUUGCCUUGCGACUGAAUACAACUCGGAACGAGUUCAAGAGAUCUCCGUACAACCUCGUGUUUGGUCACGAUGCGUACGGUGGAGAGUACAACGGCAACGUCAUUAUAAAAUCUGUGGACGAAAACUGUAAUGGCGGAGGUUCAGUAAAAAAUGAGAUUAAACAUGAUCCAAACAGUAGUAACGACGAUAUCAUAGACGCUGCCUGUAGCACUGCCUUCGUCUUUCAAAAGGCUGAGCAAGAAGCUCUGGUACCAUCAGGCACUCUUUUAGCAAGUAUAGGUUUGGAGAGACGCAUCCUAAAACGGGAACAUGAAGCAGGUGUUACUCCAGAACCGUCUGAUAAAAAUCCACCAACAAAGCUUGCAAAGCAUCUUUUACCAGAGGUCGGACGUCUAAUGAAGAGAAACAAGAAAAUCAGAAAGCCUAAAUUGUUUUCUCUGGCUGGCUGUGGGGACAAGGUGGUAGUCAAGGCAACAACUGGUGACGUUAUGAAGACUUUAGAGAGAUCUAAGCUAGGAGUAAUCGAGUCAGCAUCGCCUGAUGUUCGUCGCGCUAGAUCACGUGUACGUAGAGCGAGCCUCGAAGAAUCGAAUGAGAGUUUAGCAUCAGAUGCAGAAUCGUCUUCUGGGGAUGAGCACCAGGAUGUUCUAAACUUAUUGACUAAAAGUGUAGGCGACGAAAAGACGAAAAUAGAAAUACUCAAAACCAUCGUAACAUCUCUAGUACUCACGCAGAAGAACAAUAAGUUGAAGAGGAGAAAAGGCAAAACUAAACCUUGAGAAGACUACUAAGACAAAUACAUGACAAAUUGUUAGAUGUAACAGUAAAAUAAAUAACGGAGUUAAAUAAUUUGUUUUAAAAUGCAUGUAUAAUAUAAAGAUUUAUGAGAUACAAAAAAGAGAUACUGGCAGACUGACACACAAAAUGACAGACAGAGAAUAUAUAGGACCAACAUAUUUGCAAAAGUUAUCCAUCUCGUGAGACUAGUACGUAGCUGUCAUACAAAUCCACCAUUAAAUGACGUUUGUUUCAUUACGUUUCCUAUUAUUUUAAUUUAGUUUCCCAUUAUUGUGCCUUGUUCCAAUUGUCAAUUUGUUGUUGUUGGAAAUAAAGUAACGUUUGUUUGUUUAAUGACA